GAUUCGAAAGAAAAGAGUCGAUUCAAACGAUGCGAGUGUGGAGCGUUUUUUGAAUUCGCAUCGGUUACAGAAUCACUGAAGCUUCAGAUGCUGAUCAGCAGAAACGAGUGAAAAUCAUCGAUCACAGACGGAGAAGAACCAAAGCAACGCGAAGAGAAUCACAACAGAGAUGUUGUCCUCAUCUGUCCAGUCAUCAGCUGCUGAUGCUCCACAAACCCCUCACAGGAACAAGAGCAUCGGAGCGGCUCAUCCCGCCAUCUACCUGAACACCCGCUCGCACAAACUGCUCAGGAGAGCCAUACGCAUCUGGAAGAUGCCGAUCCCCAUCCUGAACCUCACGGGAUCUCUGAAGCCGAAGCCCAGGAGCUUCCGGGAGCAGCUGAAGCGAGUGGAAAUGCUUCGUAAUCGUUCUGAAGACUCGAUGAUUCGGAAGCCGAUGACUCGCUGCGUCAGAGACCUGCAGCUGUGCAGCUCCGGGACCGACUCGUCUCCAUCGCCCUCCAGCACCUCGCUGACGUCCCGGCGCAGCCUCCGCACGAGACCGGUCCACGCGCACCGCAGCCGCAGAUACCGGAGACAGCUACAGCUCUACCGGAUGCUGUCCAACAUCAGGAGACGCAGACGGAGCCGUGAGGGUCAGUCAUCACCCGCGGAAUCCUCUUGUGUUAAAGGCUCCUCUGAGAUUCAGGAUGAUGGCAGAGAUUCGUCGUCUACCCAGAAUCCUCCAGUGAUCCGGCCGCCGCCGAGAAAAACCAGUCGCCGCUUGUGGCGCAGACAACUGGACAGCAGCAGCUCAGACAACAGCCCGAUGACCGCCAACACAGCUCACAGACCGAGACCGGCGACCACAGACACACACACUCACAACACAAGUUCCUUCUCUUUCGCUGAUGUUUCAAGCGAGUCAGCCGAGUUUGAUUUCUCUGACAUUGAUUCUAGUGCAAUCCAAGAAGCUCAUGCACACAGAAACAUUAACAUCCACGAUCCACCGGAUGAGGAAUCGACUCACAAACCUCUUAAGAUCACCGAAGCGAACACAGAUGAACAGGAAAAACCUGAUACAGCAUCAGCGCACUCUUUGGUUUCACGGCUGAAGACCUUUAAAGACGAUCUCAAACACUGUGAAGAUGCCCCUGAGAUGAAACAAGAGUCCGUUCAGUUCAAGAGUCCUUCAUCCGUCAGAAACACACAGUCUACCGCCGACGCUCUCCAGAAACCAGACACUCCCAGACCCAAGUCAAGUGUGAAAUGGAAGAACGUUAUGAUGCAGAGAGCGCUGUGCUCUUUUACCUUUCCGUCUGAGGAUCAGGAUCCAACACACGAGUCCUGGAGCAGACCUACGCUGGAGGACGACUCAAGAGACUCAGAAAGAGCUGACGUGACGCCUGAAAGUCCUGAGAAACCAGCCGAGGAUAACGUGAAGAACCGAGCUGCGGGAGACGCUUGCAUACCACAGGAAAACAGCUCCUGAGUCUGACUCCAGUCAAUUCACAUGAAGACGAGAAGCAUCACAAGGGAUGAAUGUUGGAUAGAAGGACCCAUUUUUAUAUGCUUUUAUAACGUUUUAUAUUAGUCCUACAGUGAACUGACAUUUCUUUAGCAUUGACAUCCGUGUGA